AGCGGAGACAAUCAGAGACAAAGACAAGGCAAGGCAGCAGACAGAAACAAAGGAAAACCCAGACAGACUCAUUACAGUUAUAUUCAUAGAACAAGACCACAUAUUUGUACCAGACAUUCGUGAAAACAAUGGGAAAGAUGAAAGUGUUGAAACCUAAGUAUUUGUCCACAAACUAGAGACAACCAAAAGGUUAAGUUUGAUUUACACUCCACAUACAGUAGGUCUGUUCCAAACCAUUGAAAUUGGGACAUUAUUUAGCAAAACUAAUUAAUCUUUUUAGUUUGAGGAAAUACGAGAAGGUUUAACUGCUUGCAUGACAGAGGUACAUAGAGAUAUUUAGUGAAAAUGGAAGGGUUACAUUGAGGAUACCCUGCAUAAAACCUGUGCUAAAGCAAAUAUACAGAUCAGAUGAUCGGCUUGCGACUCCAAGCAACCGGAAGUACAACAACAACAACAAUGUGGAGAUAUGGAAGGACUACACAGAAAGUAAAUGGAAGCAAGUGGUUGCUGUGGGUGGAGAAAACGAAACUGAUGGACGACUGUUUUUGCAUUUCCUUCUUCAUCCAUUGUUCAUACAAGAUGUGCAGAUUUCUGUCUGUUACUUACAUCCGCUUUAUUUACUAGUUCAAAGCGAACGUUUCAAUCCAGAGGUUUGUUUACUAAUGAUGUCAUCCAAAGAUUCGUUUUCUUCUAAAGCGAAGUGCUUUCGUUUUCCUACCUAUGGGCGUAGAAAUAAACAGCUUACAUCCGGUCAUAAUAGCCACAGUAUCUGUUAUUACAUUAGAGAUUGACCACGAUGAGUUCAACACAAGACACAAGUUUAAAGUCCAGCCUUCUUCAGCUGGAAUGCCAUUUCACCUGGGCUCUGAAUAAAAAUGAUACAGAUCUCACUGAUCUUCUGAACAGGCUAGAAGAACAGCUUAAUCUGGAUCUUGGAAGAGAAGCAGGUGUUGCGCGCACACACAGCUGUAUGGGAUUUGUGAAGUUUCUACUAAGCUCCAAUACCGAGGCUCUCAGCUACUUUGAGAGAUCCGUAGAGCUAACUAAGUCUCAUGGAAAUGAGUGUGACAAGCUGCUUGUUGUUGUCUAUGGAGACCUUGCAUGGUUAUACUAUCAUAUGGGUAAUUUGGAAGAGUGUGAAAGCUACCUGAAUAAACUGAGUGAGAUUAAAGCGAAAUAUCCAUCUGUCCCAUAUGCUGAGGUGCUUUGAGAGAAGGGAUGGACCUUCCUUAAAAUUGCAACGGAAGUAUUUCAGUAUUUACCAUAUUUUUCUUAUUACCACACUUCAAAGUUUCUCUCUCUCUCUCUCUCU